AUGCAACGACGUAUUAUACCACGUAUCACAAGAGGAGCUUAUCCACAUAUCAAAUCGCGUGUAAAUUCACGAAUCAAUCCACGUAUCUAUCCGCGUAUCAAUCCACGUAUCAAAAGACGUAUUUAUGCACAUAUCAAUCCACGUAUAAAUCCACAUAUCAAUCCACGUAUCUUUCAAAGUAUCUAUCCCCGAAUCUCUCCACGUAUCUAUUCACUUUUCAAUGAAGGUAUCUAUCCACGGUUCUAUCCUCGUAUAUAUACAGGUAUCCAACCACCAAUCAAUCCACCUAUCCAAAGAUGUAUCUAUCCACAUAUCAAUACACGCAUAUAUCCACGCAUCCAUCCACGUAUAUAUCAACGUAUCUAUCCCCGAAUCUAUCCACGUAUCUAUUCACUUUUCAAUCCAGGUAGCAAUCCACGUGUCUAA